AUGGGUCACAAGACAUUGGUGGACGUGCACUCGUUUGGAGACUUUUGGUCCUGGAUUCGCCUGGGGUUUGUCCCGCUGGUGCUGCCCAGGGCCUGGGCUUAUUCCGAGCACCGUAUCCCUGAUGUGACAAGUGUGUUUGGACUGAGCCCUGCUGACUCUGCACAAGCGCCCAGUUCAUGGCAUUUUGAAAGCAGGUACAAUGCGCCUGUUGCCGGUGACUAUUUGCACUACAAUCGGAUCAUUGGAGGCAUUCGCUUCCGUCAGCAGGUGGCGCCCGACGGGUCGUGCCGCUUCCCUGGCUCCGCCUCUCAGGAGCUCUUCAAUCGAUGGUACGGGAAGCCAUGCAUGCCAGCCUACGAGGAGUUGGCUUUCGAGCCUGACACGUCCAACGGUGAGAACUUCGUGCGAGCUGAGAGGCAGGAAUGGAUCCUGAGUGAGGAUGACCAUGCGCGCAUCGUCCAGCAACUUGUGGAUAUGGAAGAUGGAUGUGCUCCUCAUGCUCGAACCUCCAGCUAUUCUAACUGCUCUUGCAAUUGGUGUGGUGCUCAGACGCCUCCUUCUCCUUGGCUCACAGAGAGGACGCAGAGAAUCGAGGUGGCUAUGGUGUCCUUCAAUGCACAGUACGGGCUGCUUACUUUGACGGGGGUGAACCUCUGGAUUGCUCGGGGGGGUCGCAUGCGCAAGCGUGUGGAGCUCAUGUCUCUUUGGAUCAACUUCUCUCAGCCGACGGCUGAGAAUCUGCCUUCCAUCGUGUUUGCUGGAAUCUGGUUAUUGUGCUUAUUCUACAUUGUCUUGCACGAGCUCGUUGAGAUUUCUUAUGCCAUUCGAAACGCAGAAGCAAGAUGGCAUCGUGCAUUGCUCGAGGAUUACAUCGGGCCUUGGAUGUUGGUUGACUGGCUCUCGAUUUCGGUGGCAGUGGUGGUCCUGAUUCUGUGGUUCAGUCUGGCCACAGAGUCGUCAAAUCUGCAGCUGCAGCUAGGUUAUUUACAGAGGCAAGAAGCCCAGCAGACACUGGAGAGGGCUGUGCGUGUUGGCCAUGUGGCCACUUUCUACGAGGCUGUUGAAGCAGUAUGUGCGGAAGAGAAGCGCUUCCGCUUGAUCUUGUGCUUCUAUCCGAUGCUCCUGCUACUGCGGCUCUUCAAGUCCUUUGCGGCACAGCCGCGCCUCGCGGUCGUCACAGACACCAUCAAGUUGGCAUCCCAAGACCUACUACAUUUUGGCAUCGUCUCGGUGGCGGUUCUGGCGUGCUUGUGCUUGAACGCCGUGCUGCUGUUUGGACGGGACGAGGAAGCCUUUGGCAACUUGUUUCGUUCCUUUCACAGUGCUUUCCGAAUGAUGUUCGGGGAUUGGGAUUGGAUGCCCAUGGAACGGGUUACUCGUACUGGGGCCUACCUUUGGUUUACCAUGUUCAUGGUCCUGGUUGUCAUCAUCCUUCUCAACAUGCUGCUGGCCAUCAUCCUCGACAAUUACAUGGAUGUCAAACGCGUCUCGGCCAGUGCUGACUCGCUUGGUGCUCAAAUUCAAGAGAUGUACCGCAGACGAAAGAUGCUAAAGCGCAAGGAACGAGUGCGCCUCAACGAUAUUUGGGACAGCUUUGUGGCAGAAGCUGGUGGCCGUCCAAAACUUGCAUUGGCAACGGACCGUCAGAUCACGGCUGAGAUGCUGCAGCAGAUCGUCCCGGGCAUCCCUCACCCGCAAGCAUCCCGUACUUUGCAAAACUCGUGGCUGGCACACUUGAAAGCAACCACGGCGCCGUUCGAGCUGAAACACUCCUCGCGCCACCUUUCAAGAUUCGAGGUGGAGACCCGCAAGGUGCGCAAUGGUUUGUUCUUCCUUUUUGACCGCUUGGACUUUUACGACACUCGGCAAGACAGCGAGAGCCCCGAGAAGGAACGUGAAAGGACAGAUGGCUGGACAUCGCCGAACAGCCCCAAGCGAGAUCGUGAAUCCGGACGGCUGUCGGCCCGCUCGGCCCGCUCAGCCCGCUCGGCUCGCUCGGCCCGGGACGGUGGCCCCACCGAGAUGGAGCAGGAGAUUCAAAUGCAGAUGCAGCGCCUGAGCGUCGAAGCUGCGGAGAAGUUGGCCACGGUCUUGAGCAGCGUCGACAAGACUCAGGGUCGGAUCGAAGAGAAGCAAGCGGUGAUCCAGGGAAGCCUUCGCGACAUGCUCCAAGUCCUCUUGCAGCUGCAGAUGUGGCCUUCUGGUGAGAAGUACACCGGCCAGUUCUUCAAGGGCGUCUUCCACGGCCGAGGGACUCGAUCAUGGCCCAAUGGGGACAGCUACAUUGGCGAGUUCAGACACGGUGAGCAAGAGGGCGAAGGCACUUUUGAGAGUCUUGCGGAAGGUUGGGUGUACAUCGGUCAUUGGAUACAUGGCCAGAUGUGCGGCCAGGGCCAGAAGACCUUUCCAGAUGAUGUUGUCUAUGUGGGUGACUGGAGGCAGGGAGUUCGGCACGGAGAUGGAUGCCUGACCUGGCCCAACGGCGCCUGCUACAAGGGACAGUUCAUUGACGACUGCAUUGAAGGACAUGGUCGCAAAACGCUUCCUGAUGGGAGUUGGUGUGAAGGUGAGUUCAAGGACGGUGAACUGGAAGGCCAUGGAACCUUUCAUUGGCCUGAUUCCACUGAGUUCGAGGGUCUUUGGCACGUAUCCGAAGUCGUCGGGCCUGGCACCCAUCGCUUUCCCGACGGCACUUGUGUGUCCGGCAACUUCGAAAACUGCGGAGCAACCGGAGAAGGAACCAAGAGUUGGGUGAACGGUUGCAGCUAUGCUGGCCGGCUGUUGCACAACCAGAUACAUCACUACGGUGUUCUGCGGUGGUCAGACGGACGAUGCUAUGUGGGUCAUUUCAAAGAUGAGGCCAUGCAUGGUGUUGGGAUGCUGACCUGGAAUGACAGCGUGGGAACGUGCGUGUACAAGGGCUAUUUCGAGGAGAACCGCUUCCAUGGACAUGGUGCCGUUGCCCAUCCAAAUCACAACAAUACAUCUCUGAUAAUGCGCUUCGUCGUUGACGUUCCCAGGUUCUUCGGCGGAGUGAAGGCAAGCGCUAUGACUUGCUGCUGUGGUGGUAGAAUGGCGAAGACGAGCACCAAGGCCUAUCAAGAUCUGGAAGAAGCCGAGCGAGCUUUGGCAUCUGCUGCCAACGGCGAAAAUCUAGAUGGUCGGCCUUUGGCGGAUGCUGGAGCCAGAUCCGAGGAAGCUCGAGCGUACUUGAACCCAUUGACAGAUAGAGGCCCUGCCGAUAUUCUUGAGACGCAAGGCCCUAUAGAUGUCGAAGAGGUAGAGUCUGUACAAAGUGCAACAACGAGAACUGACUUUCCAAGUCCUCCUGGUGAGGGCUCGAUGCUGCCCCUCGUUCCAGCCCUUUGGCCUGAAUUGGGCAGCAGUUGGAAAGGGGCAAUCUGUCAUGCUCGGCCUAGUGCAAGCGAGGUCAUGCUGCUUCCAGGCGGGCGCCUGCUGAAGUAG